ACAGACAGCGUAUCGCAGCAUCUAGAACUCCUGCUCAGGCGGCUGCUGCGAGAAAAUCAAAAAACGAAAGACAACGCAAUUACAGAUUACGCCAAGCUGCUAUCAGGGAUUCUCUUGAAGCGACAACUACAUCUUCAUCUACCAAACCAAUAACUGCUGCUCCAAAAACAAGGGCACAAAUACAACGUGAGUACAGACAGCGGAUUACUGCAUCCAAAACUCUUGCACAGGCAGCAGCUGCAAGAGAAGCACGUAAUAUAAGAGAUCGAAACAACAGAUUACGCCGAGCUGCUAACUUGGCUAUUGCCAGUGGUUCUCUAGAAGCGACAACUACAUCCUCAUUUCGUUCAGGGCAAAGGUUAAACACCGUCCAUAUUGAUACUCAACAACAAUUUACCGACUGACAACGUCAAACUUUAGCAACAGAACCAGCAGAAACUACUGUACAACCCAGUACUUCUUCAGAUCAAAUUGAAGUUCAAGCACAAUCUACUUGGAAUACUAAAUGGGCAUCAUCAAUCAUGAGAUUCAAAUCUACUUUUUUGGACAACGAUUUUGGCUAUGCUUGCUCGGUCUGCGACAGACUUUGGUUUAAAAACGACCUCAAAACCAUCACUGCCGCACAGCUGAAAGUAAUUUCGGAUUGGUUUAUCAAAGAAAAUCGACAACUGAGCAGGGAAGAAUAUAAACUGGUUUGCAACACUUGCAAAAAGUCACUGAAUAAACAAUCAAUGCCACCGUUAGCAAAAGUUAAUGGAUUCUCAUAUCCUGACCCAACACCAGGCCUACCACCGUUAGAUCCCAUCAGUGAACGAUUGAUUUCGCCUCGUCUACCAUUCAUGCUAGUGCAUCGUCUGCGCCAUGAUUUCUCUUAUGGAAUCGUAGGACAAGUGAUAAACGUACCAGUCGACGUACAAGAAAUGGUAAAAUGUUUGCCGCGACAAUUGGAUGAGGACGGCGUUAUUAAUGUAAACAUUAAAAGAAACCUUGCCCACAAAUCAGUUUUCAUUAGCGGAUACAUGUCCAAACGUACAGUUACUUCGUGGUUAACUGUUCUGCAAAACUCUCCAUUAUAUCGUUUGUACGAAAUCAAAGUGGACUUGUCGAGGCUGAAUCUUGCUUUGCCAGACCUCGAUGACGUAGAGGAUGACCCGUCAAACCGUAUAGAAAAUAUCUCCGCAGAACAGAACCCUGAAUCUGAGAUUCUCGCUUCAAGACAACAUACUGUGAUGUGGAACGAAGAAGAUUGUCUCAAUAUCGCACCAGGACACCGGGCAACUACCCUCAACAUCAUUUACGGCCGUCAUGCAGAAGAGUUGUGAAUGACAACUCUCCUUCGAUAUACUAUGGAAAUCUACGUCGAUUCCACAUGGAAGUUUCAGUGACACCUUACAUGAUGGCAACCAGUGAAAUACGGCGAAGCGAUAGACGCGGAGCCACGCCUCAAAAAAUCUUGUAUGUAGCAAUGAAAAUUUUACGGCUACGUAUGGUGGAUGGAAUUUACAGUACGUUUCGCAACGUUUCAGUCACAGAAAAUGUUACACGACGUAUGUUACAAGACCCAGAAUUUCUGAAAGAAUAUGUCUUACAAAACCUCGCCUUUAUGAAGACAGUGCCAAACUCCGUCCAAUACUGGGCUUCCUUGGAGGAAGCCCCCACGCACACAUUUUAUUGUGGUUAAACAACGACCCACAUGAAACCCCGUCGGAAAAUAUGCCAAAAACCAUUGAGCUCGUAGAAAAAUUGAGUCCGGAAUGAUGUACCUAACACCUCCAUCUACGCCAACCAGAUACACAAACAUACUUUCACAUGCACGAAGCGAGGUGAGACAAUUUGUAGAUUCGGAAUUCCGUACUAGCCAAUGUCUACGACUCGUGUAUUGGUUCCAAUGCCUCAAUCUGAUAAACGCCGUCAAACACUACAACAGAACGCGAAAGAGCUGCGUACUUCACUUCGUACGAACGUCGGUACGCGGGCAUGGAUGACUUUCUUAAAGCUAAUGUUUUGACACACGAUUCAUAUCUCGACAUUGUGCGCUCAACGUCACGUAGACCAACUCUUCUGUUCAGACGAAACUUUGACGAACUUAUGACAAACACGUUCAAUCCAUACAUUGCUGGCGAAGUCAACUCAAACAUCGACAUUCAAUUUAUCUUAGAUGAAUACAGCUGCGCAGAGUAUGUUGUAGAGUACGUAAAUAAAUCAGCUCGUGGAAUGGGCAAUCUACGUCGUGAGCUUACUACGAUGAUGCAAGAGCAUCCCGAACAGGACUACACAGACCAGUUGAAAGCUUUAAGCAUCAAGCUACUUAACGCUGUCGAGAUGUCAGCGCAAGAGGCAGCAUGGUAUCUCCUACGUCAACCGAUGAGCGAGACAAGUCGUCAAGUUGCGUACAUUCCAACAGUAUGGCCGACGGAAAGACAACGUUGCCGCAAACGUCGUUAACAAAUGGACCGCAAAGGCCUUGAUGAAAACAGUACUGAUGUCUGGACCAAAAACAUAAUCCAGCGCUAUGAAGAGCGUCCUGCAUCUUUAGAGCAAGUGUAUUUAGCUGAGUUUGCAGCGUGGUAUGCUAAAGCUAAUGAUUUAAAAGGUAAUACCGCAGCAAGAACGUCAGGAGCAUAAAAUCAAUACCGCAGACGACUAAUCGGACGUGUCAUACGAUACAGGCAUUACGACAUGGAAAAACUGUCAAUUAUAAACGAGAAAUGGUUCUACUGUACGUACAAUUCCGCAACGAAAUGUUAGAAAUUGUUGAUCAAAAUAAAUUUCUUCAAUUAUUUGACGAUAACAAGGACGCGAUCAUGGAACGCCGUAGUCAAUUCGAGUCUAAUUUGAACAUUGAAAACGUCAUGAGAGAACUUGAAGCGAUGAUGAUUUUGCAAAACGAAGACAACAGUAAUUUGCGGGAAGAAGAAACCAGAAGAACCAACAGUUGUUAGGAGAGGAUGGUACCGAUGGUCCUGCAGGCUGUGGAAAAACUUACACGUUAAAGUGCCUCAUGGAGACAUACAACCGCUACACUCAGGAGCACAACUCAAUGAACAACGCCUACAUUGCCUGUGCAAGCACAGGUAAAGCCGCUGUACCUCUUGGUGGCACUACAGUUCAUUCAGCGUUUCGUCUCACAACUUCUCGCGUGACGAAACUCUUAUCCACAGAAAAUUUGCAAGCUUAUAGAAACAUGUUCGUAGGUCAAAGCUGUUUUCAUCGACGAGAUCAGCAUGUUAAGUUCAGCUAUUCUUCAACAAAUUAACUACCGAUUGCAGCAGAUUACUGGCAUAUACGACAAACCUUUCGGAGACAUUCAUGUUAUAUUCUCAAACAGUUGAACAUACGGGAUCUUAAAAGACACAACCUGAAAUUAAUUAUAACAGAAUGGCUUCUUCAACAAGAUUAUCAGAAAACAGAGUCUCUACUUGCCUACAUCGUCUAGACAACUUCAUACAUACAUACAUAUAACUUUACCCACACAUACUCAUCCCUCACAUACUCAUCCCUCACAUACACACUCACACACGCACUCUCUCACAUACACUCAAUUUCAAAGUCCAAGUUUUAUGUUAAACUAAUGUAGUAAUUAUUACCUGGUGACAUUGUCACCCAAUCGGCACAACUCACCAUUCAACAAUGAGUAACUUGUUUAACGUAGCAUAUAUGGCUGAACACUGCCUCUUAAAAUACAGGCCUCGCCUAGUUUAAGAGACAGGGUACUACUUUUCUUUGUACAAUAUAGUAAUUAGAUACUAAUUGAAUAAUGUAUACAGUGCAACAUUGUGUUCUUGAUUGUGGUAAUAUUUUUUUUUAUAUUAUGUGGAGAUUUCAGACAGCUUCCACCUGUACGAGCAACUCCAUGUUAUACUAUGCCGAUCAACCAAUUAGGAGGUCCGAUUCUUUGGCACAGCAUUGAUUAUUUCCCACUGGUUCAUGUUGUACGACAAACCGAUGAGCGGUUUUCAACGAUUCUAACAAAAAUCGGCGAUGGACUUCAACUGAACAAUGAUAAUAUCUCCCUUAUUGAGUCCAGACAUAAAACUCAGGCUUGGUGCAAGGAAAACGUGCCUGAUGCUGUCAGGCUGUAUUAUAGUAACAAUGAAGUGGAUUCAUACAACCGAAGCGCAAUUCUAAAUGCAUACAACUGUCUCGCACAUGAUAUUAUGCUUGGUUAUUCAAGUGAACAAGAAAAUAGACAGUACCAAGGUAAACUACACAAGAUGACAGUGGCGGAAACCGAUGGAUUACCGUACUUACUGCCAUUGGCAGAAGGAUAUCCCUACAUGAUAACUUCUAACAUAGAUGUCGCUGAUGGGUUGGUAAAUGGAGUUAUUGGUGUCUUGCGACAUAUCGAACGUCAGCAGUCAAAUGUAGAUGACAAUUCUGCAGAUGCAGGACCAUCGACCAGUACAACUUCGCCAGCAGCUAGAGAAGAAAUUGUUACUUUAUGGUUCGAGUUUCCAGACAAAACAACAGGAACCAGAGCAAAAGUUAAAUGUCGACCUCACGUGCAAAGCAAGCCAAACACUUUGUCUAUAAACUGGGUACCAGUUUAUAAGAAAAUAGUAAACAUUACACUAACAAAAACUAUAAAAUGCAAACGAAAACAGUUUCCUUGCAGUCCUGCUUGUGCCAUCACUAUUCACAAGUCACAAGGUGGGACGUUUGCUGUCAUUGUUUAUAAAUACUCAUCCAAGCAACCACAACAGUUGGUGUACGUGGCGCUGAGUCGGGUAACAAGUAUGGAAGGCUUGCAUAUCACCGAAAAAGAUGCUAUAAAUACGGACGGGAGGGAAACGAUUCACAGACAACAAGAGAUAUCCGUAAUGAAUACAUUUGACUUCGUGGACACACACUUCGAACAAUUACUGAUAAUGCAGUAAAAUUCUGUAAUGACUCAACCAAUGCAGGACAAACUUUAAUAACGAACCUCAAUUCACAGAGUUUGUCUGCUCACUUUGCAGAUCUUGAAAAAGACACAGUGAUUCCAAGGUCUGAUUAUUUGCUUUUGACUGAAACGUGGAUGCGUGACAAUUGUGAUCCAAUUUCAAUUGAAAAUUUUGAAUGUGUAACCCACCAGAAUAAUCGAUCAGAUUCUGAAACAAACGCAGCAGGUGGAGUGGCAAUUUAUAGAAACUUAUCAUCGACAUCCACGGCCAAAAUUCUCAACGUUGAACUGUCGGAUACAACCCGCCUUAUUAGAAACAUUGGUGACGUUUGCUUGGCAGAAGUUACAUGCUUCACCGCUGAUACCACGUUUAAAAUGGUUCUUGGCGCAGUUUAUAUUCAUCCUGGAGCAAGUAUCUCUAACAUCAGUGUUCUGCUGCAUCAAGCACUAUUUCCGUAUGUUUACAACAGCCAGUAUGUACAUCCCAUCAUGGAAGUUGAUACCGAUGUACCAAUUCUUUUUUGUCAAACGUAAAAAAUGACGAAACAUUUCCCAAAUUCAUGAAAGACAUGUUCAAUCUCGAUUGUACAUCAGACGUUAAUAAGUCAACAACACUAGGAGGCACCACCAUCGAUUUAACUUUUUCAAGACACAUUACACUCGAAACACUUCCUUUCAUUUCCUACUUUUCCUAUCAUCGUCCUAUUCUCAACAGAAUAACACAAAUUGUAAGAAGUAAAAUAUCACACAUGUUUAAAAGUUGUAAAACAAUUGCUCAAAGUACAUUCAUACUUGUAAAAAAGAUGUACAUCGUUAAAAAAAAUUGACAUAAUUGUAUUUAUGCGUACAAAUAAAUGUAACUUGAUCAGUUCAA